AUGAACAGCGCAAACGCACGACAUGGCCGCCACAAGAUGGCGGCGGUGAAAGUGGCCGGUGUCCGAUGGUCGCUGCCACCGCCGCCGCUACGCGGACAGCGACGACCUCAACUUGGAGUGCAUUAUAACGAUGUAUGUAAAAAAAGGGUGGCAAACAUACGGGACCAGUUCAAAAAACAUAGAAACAAACGUAAAACCAAGAAUGGACAGGGUGCUGUUGCUAUAAAAAAAUAUAAAUAUGAAGAGAGCCUGAAAUUUUUACUGCCUCAUAUACAAGAUCGAAAUACAAUAACAAGUAUCGAGUCUGAUAACGAAGAGACGCAAAACGAAACGGUUACUUCGCCAGUUACUACGCCCGACGAAUCAAUUAACACCGAUGAACAGCAGCAGCAGGAAGAUCGCCCACCAGCUAUUACUGAACCAAAUUUUACGCCACCUGCUGAUCCGAAUCCAAAUCCACCGCCAACUCCACAAUUCAACAAUUCCAGUCGUAUAGUGCCACAAUCCCAGUCAUCUGCGUCAAGCGCAUUAAUGGAGUACAUUCUAAAAAAGUAA